GGGGCCUUUAUUUUGAAGCGGACCGGAAACGCGCUUGUUGUGAACACCCUCGAUAGGAUGGUCCGCGGUCUCCGGGUUUCCUCCCUCUCUACCCGGUCUAGACCUCAACACGGCGGCCCGUUCCAGCUCCAGGCCAGCUGCUGAACCCAACCGAUCCGAGCCGGUCCAGGUUAACCGUCCGAGUCCAGCAUGAACGAGUCGGAGGGGCUCCGGUUCCGCCGGCUGCACAGACCGCAGGUCAUCACCGACGAGCUGCCGGAGCACCGACACAAGGGAUCCGGCACCUACAGCGGGAAGGUGUUUCAGGUGACUCUGCUCUCUCUGGGCGGCUUCCUGCUUCUUCCUCUUCUGGUCGUCGUCCUCAUCCUGGAGUCUCCAAUCCAGCCCGAGGUCUUCAGUCUGAAGGAGCCUCCGCUGAUGAAGGGCUGCUGGGAGCCGAACCUGAAGCUCAGACAGGCUCAGAGACUCUUUGAAGAUCAGAUCAUCGGACCAGAGUCCAUCGCCAACAUCGGAGAUGUUUUGUUCUCUGGAACAGCUGACGGGAAAAUCGUGAAGCUGGUCGGUCGAAGAAUCCACACGGUGACGAGACUCGGGAAACUGCCCUGUGGCUCCAGAGAGGAGGAGUCCAGCUGUGGGAGACCGUUGGGGAUCAGAGUGGGACCCAACGGGACUCUGUUUGUAGCUGAUGCGUACCUGGGCCUGUUCGAGGUCAACCCCACCACAGGUGAGGCGACCAGGUUGGUGUCGGGCGGUCAGGUGGUCGCCGGCAGGAAGCUGUCGUUCAUUAACGACGUGGCGGUGACGCAGGACGGGAAGAAGGUGUACUUCACCGACUCCAGCAGCAGGUGGCGGCGCAGAGAUUACCUGCACCUCAUCAUGGAGGCCACCGCCGACGGACGAGUGUUGGAGUACGACACGGAGACCAGGGAGCUGACGGUGGUGAUGGAAAACCUUCGAUUCCCAAACGGGAUCCAGCUGCUGCCAGAUGAGGAGUCGGUGCUGGUGGCAGAGACCACCAUGGCCCGGAUACGCAGAGUCCACGUGGCCGGUCUAAACAAAGGUGGGAUGGACACGUUCAUGGACAACCUGCCCGGUUUUCCUGACAACAUCCGUCCAAGUUCGACUGGCGGUUAUUGGGUGGCCAUGUCUGCGGUGCGGCCGAACCCCGGCUUUUCCAUGCUGGACUUCCUGUCCCAGAGACCCUGGAUCAAGAAACUCAUCUUUAAGCUCUUCAGUCAGGAGGUGCUGAUGAAGUUCGUCCCUCGGUACAGUUUGGUGGCGGAGCUCCACGACGGCGGCAUCUGCACACGGAGCUUCCACGACCCCAACGGCCUGGUGGCGGCUUACGUCAGCGAGGCCCACGAGCACGACGGGAGCCUGUACCUGGGUUCCUUCCGCUCGCCGUACGUCGCCAAACUCGACCUGCGCGAGGCGUAAAAAAAACCGAGGGAUGAGCAGACGGACAUGUGAGACUUGUGUGUGUGACUGUAGGAUCGGUGUGAAGUCUGAAACCAGGACAAAGCGUUUGUCUUCAACUGUCACGUUUUGAUGCAGGAGCUGAAUUAAAAACUUACAUUCUGGUGGAUCGACGUGAAAUGAAACAUUCAUGGUCUCCAAGAGGACGCAUGCGACGGAACCGCCUCGGGUUGUGUGUUUGUGUUUGUGUGUGCGAGUGGGACGGAUAUCAAACCUUUACCUCGUCGGUUCAGACUGAAACGUGUCCGUCAGGCACAGAAAGUCGACAUCAAACGUCUGGUCAGACUGAUCAGAGCUGCAACUAACAACUAAUGCCAGGAAACGCUGAAGAUGCUCGUUGUCUAUUCUUUUUACUAACAUUUACGUUGGCGAGGCCGGAACGGGCAAAUGCUCAAUUGAAAGUUUAAAUCGAUAAUCUUGACCCGUUCGUCGACGGGAGAGUUCCUGAUUUAAAUCAUCAUUUCUGCCGGUUCCAGACUUCGUUUAAUUCGGACAAAGUUCUUGUUCCGCUGAUGGUGUUUGUUUUUUUUCUUCUGUUCAAUGAAAAAAGGAAUUUUUGUAGGAAAAGAUUUCCACGUUUCUCAAACUAAGGAAUCGAACCGAGUAUCAUUAUGGUCUCGGUGCUGAAACUUGGGGGCCGGUAUCAAAAGAUUUCGACCGGCUCUCAGCCCGAGAACAGACAAGGCGGCCUGGCGCACGUGCUAACGUUACGUGUUACUUGCUGACGGAGCUGACGGUCGUUGCUGCCUCUAGCUGCCGUUUCUCACUGGAAUACGUGACGUGUUUGGCCUGAGCCGACAGACGCGCGUCGAAGCGCGGACUGUGGUUAAAGAAGGAAACGAUAGGAGGAGCUCUACCGGUUCCCAGUUAGCUGCUUUACUUCUAACCUGGGAAAACCACAUCGUGGCCAUGACUUUCCGACUUUCAUCCGUUCCGUUAACUUAGUCUGACGUUUGCCUCGCUUGACUCUAAAUCAGAGGAAGGUUGUUCAUACAUUUCUCGCUCGCCAAACGAAACCAUCUCCGGGUUGUGCCGAGGUCACGUCUUGGUGAUCUCAGGAUCUGGAAAUGACAGCUGUUGCUCACGUUCAGUUUUCAGAGCAGUUACCAGGAUUUGCAGCUCAGCUGAUGUUCGAGUCUGGUUCCGUUACAAACCACAUCUGGUUCCUACGGGAAAACAGCUCGUUAUGUUGAGAUCCCAUAAUUAAUUCGGCGUCUUUAAAUCAGCAGCGUUCAGCUUCUGCUCCUGAAACGACGAGUGCGUUGUUUUGACGUUUUAUCGUGUGUUGAGUUUUUCGUGCCUGAGUCGUUGAGACGAGUUGCCAAAUUUAGCUUGUGUUUCUUUGCACUAAGACGUUUUUCUGGGAGCCAGGCGCAGUUUUCUGUGGGUUGAAGCUCAGAGCUGUGACUUAAAGAGCUGCUCCUGCCUCCUUCCUCCCUCCUGAUCACUUUUCACGUGUAUUUCUGGAUUGUUCCUUCUUGGCACCUGACGACGGGCUGACCUCCUCCUGUAUUUGGAUCUGUCUUUGUUUGCAGUGGAUGAACCUGUUCUGCAGCUUUUCAGCUUCCUUUGAAUAAAACCUGAAUAAAAUCUGAAGUUUUCAUGAACCCGA